AUGCUGCGGCAAGCGAUCUACGGCGCGCUCAAAGCCUCGUUCUACUGGCUCGGCUUGUUCGUGAGCCGGCACCCGGUGUUCUUCCUGACGGUGCCCGCCGUCCUCACGGCGCUGCUGGGCGGCGCGGCACUGCGUGGAUUCGCGCCCGAGGCUGAUCUGGAACGGCUGCUCGCGCCAGCGCACAGCUUCGCCAAGGUCGAGCGGCGCCUUGCCUACAGCCUCUUCCCGGUGGAGCGCUCCAAACACCGGCUCUAUUCGGACCUGCACACGCCGGGCCGCUACGGCCGCCUCAUUUUGCUCGCGAAACGCGGCGCCAACGUGCUCGAGCUGGCCGAGCAGGUGCUGCGCGUGCACCAGCACGCGCUGGAACUGCGCGUCGCGCAUCGCGGCUUCAACUACACGUUCGCGCACCUCUGCAUGCUCGGGGGCGAGCGCGAGCCCCGACGGUGCGUCCUCGAUGAUAUAAUCGCGAUCUUCGAGGACAUCCGCGAGGCCGUUUUAAACAACAACACGUUCACUAAAGUGCCAGUGAGCUUCCCGAACACCACGUUAAGGGAUGGCCGAGUGGCGUUUAUCGGGCACCAGCUGGGCAGUGUUGUGCUGGCGCCCCAUGGCCGUGAGAGGCACGUCAAGUCGGCAAGAGCUGUCCAGAUCACCUACUACCUACGUCAGCUGGCUCCCACUGGACAGGAUGCUAUUGCUGAGAAAUGGGAGAAUGAGUUUGGCAAGAUGGCGCAACAUUUAGCAGCAACCAGCCCUGACCUACAUGUGCAGGCAUUAACAUCGUUUGGUCUGUGGCGCGACUUCCACGCUACAGGUGCACUGGCGAAGGGCGAAGUGCUGGUGGGCCUGGUGCUGGUGCUGCUAGCUGCCACCAUCUCCAGCUCUAUGCGUGACUGUCUACGUGGUAAGCCCUUCCUGGGGCUGCUUGGUGUCCUCACUGUCUGCAGUGCCAACGUCACCGCUGCCGGCAUCUUUUUCAUCUCGCACGGCAAGUUUAACUCCACACUGCUCGGUAUCCCCUUCUUUGCCAUGGGGCAUGGAACCAAAGGAGUGUUUGAGCUCCUGGCUGGUUGGAGGAGAACGCGGGAGAGUCUGCCCUUUAAAGAGCGAGUGGCAGAUGCCUUUGCUGAUGUGAUGGUAUGCUACACCAUGACAAGCUCAUUGUAUAUUAUCACUUUUGGCAUGGGCGCCAGUCCUUUCACCAACAUCGAGUCUGUGAAGGUGUUCUGUCAGAGCAUGUGUGUGGCCAUCCUGGUAAAUUACUUCUACGUCUUUUCCUUUUAUGGGUCCUGCCUGGUGUUUGCUGGCCAACUUGAGCAGAACCGCUACCACAGCGUUUUCUGCUGCAAAAUCCCCUCUGUAGAAUACCUGGACCGCCAGCCCACAUGGUUCAAGACCAUGAUGAGUGAUGGCCAUGAUCUCUCCACACACCAUGACAGUAUGCCCUACCAGAAUCACUUUAUUCAGCAGUUUCUGAGGGAGCAUUACACAGAGUGGAUUACUAACACAUAUGUCAAGCCCUUCGUGGUCAUUCUCUACCUGAUUUACGCCUCGUUUUCAUUCAUGGGAUGUUUACAGAUCAGCGAUGGCUACAAUAUAGUGAAUUUAUUAGCCAGCAAUUCACCGAGUGUGUCAUUUGCCCUGACCCAGCAGAAAUUGUUCAGCAACUAUAGCCCAGUGAUAGGAUUCUACAUCUAUGAGCCCAUCGAGUACUGGAACUCCACAGUUCAGGAGCACCUAAAGACACUGGGGCAGGGAUUCAAUAAGAUUUCCUGGAUUGAUAAUUACUUUAAUUAUUUGAAGGUCACCAAUGUCAGUGCAUCAACCAAAAGUGAUUUCAUAAAUAUUCUCAAGACUUCAUUUCUAAGAAGACCAGAGUAUCAGCACUUCACCGAAGACAUCAUUUUCUCAAAAAAUGGGGAAGAGUAUGACAUCGUUGCAUCCAGGAUGUACUUGGUAGCCAGAACCACAGAGAAAACAAGGGAGGAGGUGGUGGAGCUGCUCGAGAGACUUCGACCACUCUCUCUUAUAAACAGCAUCAAGUUCAUUGUCUUCAACCCCACCUUUGUGUUUAUGGAUCGCUACAGUUCCUCGGUCGUCUCCCCAAUUUUAACAUCAGGUUUCAGUGUCCUGACCAUCCUCAUCCUCACUUUCUUCCUCGUCAUUAACCCCUUAGGGAACUUCUGGUUGAUUUUGACCGUCACCUCUGUGGAGCUGGGUGUCCUAGGCCUCAUGACACUCUGGAAUGUAGAUAUGGACAGUAUCUCUAUCCUGUGCCUUAUUUAUACUCUCAACUUUGCCAUGGAUCACUGUGCCCCUCACCUCUACACAUUUGUACUGGCCACCGAGCACACCAGGACCCAAUGCAUCAAGAUUUCGCUCGAAGAGCAUGGGGCAGCCAUUUUACAGAAUGCCUCAUGCUUUGUGAUUGGGAUAAUGCCCCUGCUCUUUGUGCCUUCCAACCUGACCUACACACUGUUCAAGUGCUCGCUACUCACCACCGGAUGUACAGUGCUGCACUGUUUCAUCAUCCUCCCGGUGUUUUUGACUUUUUUUCCUCCCUCCAAGAAACGGCACAAGAAAAAGAAACGGGCAAAGAGGAAAGAGCGGGAGAGGGAGCGUGAGAGGGAAGAGAUUGAGUGCAUCGAAGUCAGAGAUAACCCCGACCAUGUGACCAGUGUCUGAGAUGUCUGUGAGUGAGUGUAAUAGGGAAUGUCCCGUCCCGUCCAGUAGGACAAAAACACAUGUAGCAUUUCACAGGUCAUGAGGGUCUAAGUGGAUCCACCUUUUCAAGUGGGAAGACCCUCAACAGUUCCACUAAUGGGCAAGGUUGCUAUCUAGAGCAGAAAGUCUUCUUACGUUCUUACCAUUAAUCCAGACAAGUAUAUAGCAUCUGCCUGCUUCUGUUUACAGGUCACCUCUUAUUUAAGUAAGAUAGAAAUUGGACGUCUGGGAAGUACAGCCUGCAGAUCAUGUUUAAAUUAUAGCACGAACUGCUAAAGACACUGG